AUGUCCCCUUACGAGAAAAACCCGCUUCCCUAUAUCCGCCGCUACAUCACCACCCACAGUAACGACGGCGAAUCAAUAUUUCUUUCCCAUGCGCAAGUCCCCGACUACCUCCCGUCGACACCAACUGGGGAAGAUGGCGAGAUUGCUUUGCUGUACGCUACUACCAGCAUGCCAGCCUCGGUUGACGCUGAGGCGGACAUCGCCAUGUACGACGAGUUCUUACAUCAACCUCCUGGAGUCACAGUCGAUAACGGAACUGUUUUCCGUCUGAUUGACCUCCGUCCGGGAAAGGCAACGCCGAUGCAUCGGACAGUGAGCGUCGACUAUGGUGUGAUAAUUGAGGGGGAUGUUGAUCUCAUACUGGACUCAGGUUCGAGUCGACAUUUGCAUCGUGGCGAUGUGAGCAUCCAAAGGGGUACUGCACAUUCAUUCCGAAACCGGAGUGAUACCAAAUGGUGUCGCAUGUUAUUUGUGUAUCUACCAAUGGAGAAGUUGAGUGUCCAAGGGAAGGAGCUGAAAGAGGAGGUAUAUGAUGAAGGAUUUGACAAACCGGACGACGAGGAAGGCGAUCAGGGAAACUCCACAUGA